UUGGUGGUGUUGGUGACGCUGGCUUUGGUGACCUUGACUGAAGGGCACGGUAAACCACCGAAAAAAGGUAAAUGUCGGAAAGUCUCAUGCAAGCCGAUGAGAUGCAGAGGUGCAUAUGUGCCAAAAGGACAAUGUUGCCCCGUGUGUCCAUCAGAUAAAUGUAGAUUUGUACGCUGUAAGCAAGUUCAGUGCAAAAAUGCGUACAUUCCACCUGGCCAAUGCUGUCCAGUCUGCCCUAAAGACCCGCUGUGUGAUAACAGUUUCAUAAGACCGUGGUCAGAAGAGUACAAAUCAUCCAGAAUCCCAGCGAACCGAACGCUGGUCGGCGACUGUACCUAUGACGUAGGAACCUGCCCCGCCGGGACAUGUCGAUACAACAUCUACCGCCAUAAAACCUGCCCCGAUGAUGGAAUCAUAUGUCCCGUCGAGGAAAUUCGCAAUGUUGACUGCGGGUUGUUUGGGAAUAAAGAGGUAUCCUACGUCACCAGCUGUGCAUGCUGCAAAGAUAACGGUAUAACAGUUGUCGGAAAUGUGAAGGACAGCUUGACUUUGGCACCACUUUCUGGCAUGUCCGUUAGUAUCGAUAUGAAUGGGAAAGGUGUCUCCGACGGCACGGGGUUGUUUAAGGUCUCAAUACCAGCCGCAACACAGGUCGUGAUACAAGUGACGGAUCCAUCGGGAAAGUACAUAGCGGCUGUUAAAGUGAUUGAUCUUCCUGCGACAUACAGAGGUACACUAUACGUAGAAAUCAAAAUGAUCAAAGCGGCUAACCCAGUAACUGUUAACCCCAAUGUGGACAACACACUUUCAAUUUCGGAUGACCCUCAAAAUUUAGAUCAGGGAGUGGCUCAGCUUUUCAUCUCAGCCAACUCCAUCACGGAUAUGGCGGGAAAUCCCUACAGCCAGUCAGUACAAAUUAGCAUUACUGCACCUAGUGUCAAUGACCCGUUAACUGAUGAAAUCGGUCAGUUUCUUACCUUUGAUGGGGAACCUCUACUCUCGGAUGGCAUUCUCAACGUCAAUCUAAGAACAGAAUCAGGUGAUCCAUUGACCGGUCAAGUCGUCUUCAGGGUACGUCAGGGAAUGGCUCUUUGGCUACUAGAUGAAGCUACCGGACGAUGGGUAUUAGCUCCAACAACAAAUGCUAAUCGUCGAAAACGACAGAUAAGUCUUACCGAUGAUUUGCUGACACAGAUAAAUACCGGAAACUGGUAUAACAUUGACAAGAUACCGGGAGUACCCAGGUGCUACUUUAAAGCGAGAGUCUUUUACGCGAACCCAGCUGAUGCUUCCAAUCCAGCCACAUUCACUCCAGGGGUCGUUGCCUAUACACCAAACAACGAAAGGCUGAGACUCUACUUCCCGUAUACAAUCGAUCUUGAUAACACGUGCUUCGAGGUUCGAUGCAUUGACUUUAAUCCAGAUAAUCCAACCAAUGUUCUUGUCGGAUUCAUUAAUCUUAAAUCAACGGAAACAGUUUCGGUUGGUGGGAUCCCUAUUCCAGUAACAACGAACUUAAAACCAAAACAACUGCCGAAUUACUCCCCAGUGAUUGAAGCGGCGCACACUGCUAUAAAUUAUGAAGUCUUACCUAACGAAAAAGAUAUCUUCAUCAAUUUUAUUUCCAAUUCAAAUGGUGGAUUCUACCAAGACUUAUCAACAUGCCAGAACUCGAAUAUCAACCAGCCAGCGUUCCAUUUCAUCAAGCCCAGCCUCCCAGCAUAUGAGCCCAUACCAGACGGUACAAAUCUGUGUACUGCACGAAUAAAAUUCACUGACGGGUAUAAUUUUUCGCCCACAAUCGAUGACCUUCCGAACAUGCCUGCCAUCACAGCAACAAGUGCAUGGUCCACGGCGGGAUCUAACUACUACUUCACCUUCUCCACUACAAUUCAGAAGGCAAAUGACGGUGUGCAGGAUUUUUACUAUGCUUGUAUUCAGUACCGAUGCAGUGAAGGUCUCGAGAACACAACUGUCUAUUUGAAUAUCGAUAUUCCAACGGUGGAUAUUUCAACAACAACAUGAACAACGUAA